AAUGUUUACAAUGUUUAAACACAACUUUAGCGAUGAUUUGAUCAUUUACUACACGGUAAGCACAAGUGGAUUAGAUUUCAUGUCUGAUUUGGUGCUUAGAGAUUAGAGGAUCAGACUGUCAGAGAGCACAUUAGUCAGUCAUUAACACAAUACAAACAGAAUGGCCACUUUCUCUGCUGCUUAUUCCUCAUCACAUGUAGAAACGGACUGAUCUGCUAAUAUCUGUGAUCAUGCCGAGGACGCUUUUCCACUGUUUAGUGUUGAUCUUUCUCUGGGCUGCGUCUGCUGUCUGUAUGACAGUUUUUAGCAGCAGCCCGAAAGCACACAUGCUCUUGCGCUCCCGAAGAGCGAACACCUUUCUGGAGGAACUCAAGCCUCCAUCUCUGGAGCGAGAGUGUAUGGAGGAGCAAUGCGACUUUGAGGAAGCCAGAGAGAUUUACCAGACCAGAGAGGCCACGCUAAGGUUCUGGACGAAGUACACAGAUGGAGACCAGUGUGUCUCAAACGCCUGCAAGAAUGGAGUUUGUGUGGAUCAGUUUCAGAACUAUAUUUGCCUCUGCAACCCUGGUUUUGAAGGAAAGUACUGUGAUGAAGGUAUCACACACACCAACUGCUCGGUGGAUAACGGAGGCUGCGAUCACGACUGCCACGAGAGAAAAAAUGGGACAGGACGCUACUGCAGCUGUAUCGACGGAUACCUACUCCAUAGAGACUUCAAACAGUGUACUCCAAAAAAUCAGGAGUCUUGCGGACAGAUUUUGAUCGCUAAGUCGUUCUACCAGCCGAAACCCUUCACAGGUCCACAACCUUGGCUGAUUGGCGGUGAAGUUGGCAAAAGAGGAGAGAGUCCUUGGCAGGCUCUUAUUUUGAACGCUGUUGGACAUUUUCACUGUGGUGGCGUUUUGCUCGAUGAACUCUGGGUUCUCACUGCUGCUCACUGUCUCGAGAAAUAUUUACGGUUCGGCGUCAGACUGGGUGACUACAAACGUUUCCAGUUUGAAGGAUCAGAGGUCACUCGUGCUGUGACAAAAAUUGUCCCCCACCCAAAAUACAAUAAAGAAACAACAGACAAUGACAUAGCUUUGCUGCGUUUGGAGUUACCUGUAAAGUUCAGCACGUACAUCGUCCCUGCCUGUCUGCCGAGUCAAGACCUGGCCGAGCGAGUGCUCCACCUCAACGGCACCAAGACGGUGGUGACAGGCUGGGGCCUAAAUGAUGAAAGGACGCUGUUAUACAGCUCAGAUCUCAAACAUAUUAGCGUGCCACUGGUGGAGCACUCAGAGUGCGCAAGCUACAUGGUCAGAAACCUCACAGAGAACAUGCUGUGCGCCGGCAGCAUCGGGAUCGUCAUGGAUGCAUGCAAGGGUGACAGCGGCGGCCCCAUGAUGACUCUGUAUCGCAACACGUGGUUCCUCAUAGGCCUGGUGUCUUGGGGCGAGGGCUGCGGCCGCAUGGACAAACUUGGCAUCUACACCAAAGUCUCUAAUUAUCUGGAGUGGAUUGAUAGCGUGAAGAAGCAGCUGUGAUCCAAUUUUGUUGCUAUAUUUCCGUUCUGUCUGACAUUCAAGAUUUUGUUAGGUCUUUUAUUUUAGAAGAGGUGCAUCGUGUUUUAAAAAUUAGUCCCAAAUUAAAUGAGUUAAUCAAGACGAUGCACAAUUUGUUUGUAAUAGUUUGUUAACAGAACAGUUCAGUUUUUUUCAAGUCAGUCUUGAAUCAAAGUUGAGAUACAUAUUACUGAGUACAUUACCAUAGGACUUUUGUUAUAAAUUUUUCUGCUCUUCGGGCCCAAUGUGAAGUUAGCCACCCAGAAUUUAAGUACAAUGUUAGUAUUCAGGGCCAAAUUCCACAACCCUUGGUCCAUGCAGACAUGCAUUCCAAAGUGGAGCUGAAACUCAAAUAAAGCUUCUGCAGUCACACUAAGCAACACUGAGUUGGUAUCUUUCAAAGUUAACGAAUUUAACUCUUUUAUUUCAUCAGAAAUAGCCAUACACCUAGUUCUAGUUAAUUACAUUUGAGUCUCAGGUGAACUUUGGAAUGCAUUUUUGCAUGGAAGGGGGUUGUGGAAUUUGGUCCAUUACUUACCCACAUACUGGGUCACAACUUAGGAUCGCUCUGCAGAGCAGGAAAAUGGAAAUGGAAAACGACAAAGACCUUGUGUAAUGUACACUAUAUGGAAAAAGGUAUUUGGCCAAACCUGCAAUGACCUUGUAUUCAAAUACAUACACUUUAACAGGGAGUCGGUCCCCCUUUUGCAACUAUAUAUGCCAUCCACAAGAUUUUGUAAUUUUUCUGUGGGAAUUUGUGUCCAUUCAUUCUGUAGAGUAUUUAUUAGGACAGGCAGUGAUGUUGGACGAAAAGGUCUGGCUCGGAAUCUCUGCUCCAAUUCAUCCCAAAGGUGCUCGAUAGGGGUCAGGUCAAGGCUCUGGCCAGUCAAGUGCUUCCAAACCAGGUCUUUAUAGUCUUUGCUUUGUGCACUGGGUCAUGGCCAUGAUCGAAUAGUAAAGGGCCUUCAGAAAACUGUGGCCACAAAAUUGGAAGCAUAGCAUUGUCCAAGAUGUUCACUGGGAUAAGGGGUCUGAUUGGAUAAAGGGUUUGAUUUGAGACAGACUUGAAAAACCUAAACAACCCCCUUAAGUGGCUACUAAUUCUAUGAUAAAAUGAUUUUACUUUUCUUCCGAUGCACCAUAUCAAUGCUUUUCUCUUACAUUUUCUCACUAAGUUACAAUAUGACUUUUUUUGUUUUUUUUGUUUGUUUGUUUUUUGUUUUUAAUUAUUUUAUUCAUUCAUAAUGAAUUAGAAUGAGUCAUACUGUUGCACAUUAUUAUUUGCACUUCCAAAGAACAACAUCACAACAAUUCUGAUUUCAGUAAUACAUCUUAUGUUUAUUGUUUAAACUCAUAUUCGUCCAAAUAAAUUACACCCAAGCAGCAUAUGUGUUGCUGUACGUUAGUUCAUAUAACUUGACACAAAAGGUACACAAAAGGUAAAAAAUGCAGAUUUUUUUAAAUAUAGAAAUCAUGGAAAGUCAUUGAAUGCAGAGGCAUUGCACAAGUUAUAUACGAUAUAGAGGAUAACGGCCCUGGGAAUAAAAUAAAUAGAAGAUAAAAAGAUUUGUUCUGCUCUAGAGAGUUGAAAGAAAACCUAUUACUUGAUGUUUAAACUUGAUGUUUUGAGAUAUCCAUAGAAUGUAUAAAAAGCUUCUGCAUAAAAAUAAUAACCUUGUUUGUUUUUAAUAAAAGUUAUUUUUUUAAA